GUCUCUCCUACUUCGAAUGCCACAUUUAUUAGAGAUCUCUCAUCUUUCAAGUUAUUUCUAUUCAUCUUCUUUCAUCUCCUUACUUUGAUCCUUGUCACUUAGAUGCAUGUCUGACCAGAGACGCACAGGGCUAUGGAGCAUAUGUCUUUUGAACUGAAGGUGAUUUCCUGCAGAGAUAUCAAGGCCUUCAAUUUCUUCCACAAGCUCUCAGUCUAUGCAGCUGUAUCCAUUAUCGACGAUGACCUGAAGAAGAAGAAUAAGAAGGAACAACAGCAACAGCGAUCAUAUCUGCAGCAGCGACACAAGACUCCGGUAGACAGAGAUGGGGGCAGGAACCCGGAGUGGAAUCAUGCGGUGCAGAUUGAUCUGAAAGAAAUCCCAUUUCAUGAUUCUCGCAUUGUCAGUCAUGUCUAUCUCCGGUUUCAAAUUUACUGUGAGGGUAUUGGUUUUGGUAACAGAAACAUUGGUGAGGUUCGUGUUCCGUUCAAGGACUUGAUUGAUGAGUUUGAUGGGAAUAUCAGGUUUGUGAAUUACCAGAUCCGAACAAAGGAUGGGAAGCCUAAUGGGGUCUUGAAUUUCUCAUAUGUAGUGAACGGGAUGACCAAGAAAAUAGGGACUGAUAAUCGUUUGGUGCCUGAGAAAGUUCAUCAUCCAUCAGUGGGCGUUCUGAAUAAUCAAAAAUCUUGUUUGUUUCCCGAGAAAGUUCAUUACCCUUCGGUUGAUGUUCUUCGAAAACAGUCAUCAGAUAUUUGUUAUCCUUCACUGGAUGAUAUUCACCCUACGUCGCCAUCUCCUGCCACUGCUUUUCCAAACUUUCAGAGUCCUCUGCAAUCGCCAUCCCCUGCUUUUUCCCUUAAGAUUGACCCUGCUAUGGCUUCUCCCCUGUUUUAUUACUGUCCAAGUCCAGCACAAGAAUUCUGCAGCAUGAGUACUCCACAGUCACCAGCUCCAGCUUUUCUCAUGAACCAUGACCCAAAUCAUCAUCCAUUUCCAUCACAGAUUUCCUUUACAUCUGGGUAUCCACCGGAGUCGAUGGUUCAUGGCUACCAUUUGCACGGGUACUGAAUCUACUGAUUGUAGGGAUUGGACAGUUGGGAACAGUUUCUUCGACUAGAUAGAAAAGAUGCUGAAGGGUUUGUUAAUACUAGCCAUGGCUAAAUUAUAAAAUACUAUCAAUCUCGAUUGAUCCUUUGCUGUUGCCCAAAUUUCAUGUUUCAUGUACCAGUUGUGUGUGUUAUGGUGAAAUAAUAUAUAUGCUUUGAUGCUAAUUUUGUUU